AGCCCCGGCCCUGCUGUAUCUGCCGCCAGCUCCAGGGUUCCCCUGUUGGCUCUCCAGCGGCUCGGUGCACUUCUCCCCAGACAGAACGGGAACUGCGCCCUCAUGGCUGAAGUGAAGGUGAAGGUGCAGCCGCCUGACGCGGAUCCCGUCGAAAUAGAAAACAGGAUUAUAGAAUUAUGCCAGCAGUUCCCUCAUGGAAUCACAGACCAGGUGAUUCAGAAUGAAAUGCCUCAUAUAGAAGCCCAGCAGCGGGCCGUGGCCAUCAAUAGACUCCUGUCCAUGGGUCAAUUGGAUCUCUUAAGAAGUAAUACAGGCCUUUUAUAUAGAAUAAAGGACUCUCAGAAUGCUGGUAAGAUGAAGGGAUCGGACAACCAAGAAAAACUAGUAUAUCAAAUCAUAGAGGAUGCAGGAAAUAAAGGAAUAUGGAGCAGAGAUAUCCGAUAUAAAAGUAACCUGCCAUUAACAGAAAUCAAUAAAAUACUUAAAAAUUUGGAAAGUAAAAAGCUAAUCAAAGCUGUUAAAUCUGUAGCAGCUUCAAAAAAGAAGGUGUACAUGCUCUAUAACCUGCAACCAGACCGGUCCGUGACUGGGGGAGCCUGGUACAGUGACCAGGAUUUUGAAUCUGAAUUUGUAGAGGUGCUUAACCAACAGUGUUUUAAGUUUCUACAAAGCAAGGCAGAAACAGCACGAGAAAGCAAACAGAAUCCGAUGAUACAAAGGAAUAGUUCAUUUGCUUCUUCGCAUGAAGUGUGGAAAUACAUCUGCGAACUGGGAAUCAGUAAGGUAGAAUUGUCCAUGGAGGAUAUUGAAACCAUCUUGAAUACCCUCAUUUAUGAUGGGAAAGUGGAGAUGACGAUCAUCGCGGCAAAAGAAGGCACAGUUGGCAGCGUGGACGGACACAUGAAACUCUACCGGGCAGUCAGUCCAAUCAUCCCGCCCACAGGUUUGGUCCGGGCACCUUGUGGCCUCUGCCCGGUUUUUGAUGACUGCCAUGAAGGUGGUGAGAUUUCACCAUCUAAUUGUAUUUACAUGACAGAGUGGCUCGAAUUUUAAUGGAGAGCUAUGAACUUGACUGACAUUUUGCAAGUGAAGUUACUUUGGGAGCAGAUAAUUGAAUUCAUGAAGAAACAUGAAAUUUCCUUGAAAGCAAACUUCACAGUAUUGGAUACAGACCUGCGGCUAUGGAAAUAUAUUUUUUAUUUAUGAAGACUGAAUUUAUAUUGGUAGAGUGGCCAACAGAAUAUGAAAGAGUUAGUAGUAAGAUCCAUUCUUCAGUAAAUAAAAUACUUUGAAGCUCUGGAGAAAUAUAUCUUUUGAAGUUUUCAAGACUUUUUUGUGACAGUUCAAGGAAAGAAGUCAACAAAUCCAUACUGACCAAGUACUCUGGUAAUACUAGAGCAUAUGGAUGUUCAUUUUGAAGUUAUUUAUUAAAGCCUUCUUUGGAAAUUUUGUGAUUUGGUUCACUACCAACGUUUCUGCUUUCUAUUUCCUAGUGGUUUCAUUGAGAAAAAAUUAAGUGGUGAAGGUAGGAAUAGCGGGGAUAUGGACAGCUGAGAGCACAGUAAGGCAGAGUGAAGCGUCCCUUUUCUUCAUACUAUUGUCGUCUUUCCGAGGAGUAUGACGUCAUACUUACCCCAAACGCCAGUGGAGACUUGUCAGGGGUGCGUUUACAGUGCAGAAAUGCUGAUUACUAGUACCAGCCUAAGGAGAAUAUUCUCACAGUCCCUUCUCUAUUAAAGCCUUCAGAGUUUCUGGGGCUGGUGCUGUGACACAAUGGGUUAAAUCCCUGGCCUAUAGUGCCAGCAUCCCAUUUGGGCACCAGUUCAAGUCCUGGUUGCUCCACUUCUGAUCCAGCUCCCUGCUAAUGUGCCUGGGAAAGCAGCAAAGAAUGGCCCAUGUCCUUGGGCCCCUGCAACUAUGUGGGAGACCCGGAAGAAGCUCCUGGCCCUGGCUUUGGAUGGACUCAGCUCAGCUGUUGGGGCCAUUUGGAGAAUGUGAAUCAGUGGGUGGGAGACCUGUCUCUGCUUCUGCAUCUUUGUAACUCU